AUGGCUGAUCAAGCUACUGAUCUCCGUCCCGCGAAUUCGACGUCCAUCUCAGAGCCGAAUGAGAUGGUGAGACAUGCCAUCAGCUCUCAUGUACCUUCAGAGGAACCAUACGGGCACACGAGUAAUGAUCCUACAGCUCUUCCUGAGAGGAUCAUGCCUGAAAUACUACAUCAAAGGGCAAAAGGACGUAACACUUCUUCAGGCUCAAGCUCAUCUUCACAUGAAGGAUCAAAUUCAAAACCUACCAAUAUGAAAGAAGAUCUUCAAGCAGUAGUAGUCUCAUCAUCGAUGGAUCAAGAAAACGUUCCACCACUACCAUCUAUCACCCACUGGGAAACCAACGAUGUUUCAUCCUCAUCACUUCUGCUCGACAAAGCGAAAAUCAAGGACUCAUCAUUGCGAACACCAAAAUCAGCCUCUCGACCUAUUAAAAGACUGGGAAGGGACUCUAUACUUUCAACUCAUAAUAGUAAUAGUACGAGUACCCCAAAUUCAACAUUAGCAUCAAGUGUCAAAGCUGGUCUUGGAGGUAGAGGAUUAUUACUUCGUGAGAAGUCGAGGGACUUUUAUGAUGUUAUCGUCAGAGGCAGAAGAAGUGAAGGUCGUUCCAGGUAUGAAGAUGGAAUUGAGGAUGACGAUGUUCAUAUCGAGAAACCAACUCAGAUGGAAGAGGAUAUCUUUAUCACUGAGCGUCGAUAUCAAGAUCAAGAUCAGCUUCAAUAUGAUAAUGAACUUGAACCCAAACUUGAAAACAUGGACGAGCGCAAUCUCGUACAAGUUCACCAAAUCAUCUCACUGCCCUUCGUUGAGCUCGAGGAUGAAGAGAACAUCAUUCUGGAUCAUCAGUCCACCCUCAAGUAUAACGAUGAUGGCGAGUACAGUGUUCCGAAAAUCGAACUUUCACCGGUGAUUGGAGAAAUGGAAGGUUUACCUCAAAAUUACACGAACAACGAAGAAGCGAACGUUCUGCAUUUGCCAGAUGACUUGAUCAAAGAAGACCCUUAUCAUCCAUACACAGUGAACGUCGAAAAUGUAUAUGAGGAUGUGAUGGACCCUGCUCCUCAACAAGAACUUCCCCAACUGCAGCAAGUAGCACUUGAACCAAUUGCUCAUCGCCAAGAGCUUGCAACAAUACUUCGACCACAAUCAGCUAUAGCGGGACGUAGUUCUCUGAUACAUAGCUUACCAGCUUCCAUUCCUAAGGAAAUCCUCCAGUUCCCUGGACCCCCUACACACUCUACACUGAGACCGCUGCUGACUUGGGAACCUCUUCAUCUACGACAAGCUUCUGCACCAAAUGUUCGGUCACCAGGUCCACCUGCGGAAAGUUCCUCAGCGGCUCCACCCCCUCCAGCCACAUAUCCGAGUCAAGUCCCUCAAGUCCCUCAAAUCCCUUAUUUGUCAUCGUUUUUGAACAAAGGGCCGGGACCCGCUCAGCCUAUAGUUAUCCGCAGGCUUGUACAAGCUAAAGAAAUCAUCGAGAGCCUGCAAGAAACGAUGAAACUGAUGGAAAUGGAAUUGAGCCGAUCUUACGCAGGUCUAAUUUGGACAAACUAUAUCACAGAUAAAAUGGUACCUAUGAAUGCUUAUUGGACGAUCUCGUACACCUUUGCAAGGUUGUGCGGUCUAUUCUUUGAUGCGCCCUUGACAUUUGCUGGUCCCAGUCGACAUCCAUCGCCAACGAUCUACACCCUUCUGUUGGAUUUGGCAAUUGCAGUCAAUAGUCCUUCACCUGCGUUUCAAUCACUCGAGGAAUGUCCUAUAAUGGAGUCGAUCUUCUAUCGAUGUAUCAGAAUUUUGAUGGGGCCGUAUGAUCCCGUCACAGUUAUCAGAGACUGCAACGCUACAAUCAAUAAAAUCGACUACUUCGCCCCUCCGGAUGUCUUGUGGUUGUUUGCACAUAUCGGUGAACCGAGGUUGCUCCAGCCUUUCUUAAAGGCCGUCAGGACUUCCCUCUGGGCAUGUCCUGAUACCCGUCGCGGAAUUUCCCUUUUAUUGUUGAUGGGCAGAUUACAAGGCGGUCAACUGAGAUUGGGAAUUUCGAAUAAGGAAUGGGCAAGAAAUCAAGGUUUAAUUCUGGAGUCAAACGGAUGCAAGCUAUCCACAUCAGAUCCGGGUGGUCUGACGAGAGUGGAUGAAAACGAAAUCAAUGGUGCGUUAGAAUACCUCGAUAAGAAAAGAGAAAGAGAGGCAUCAGAAAGAGAAAAGGAAUUCAAACAGGAGUUUCAAAUCGAGAGCUCUCGAGGAAAGAAGGAAACUAAGAUCAAUGGAUCUGAAUUGAAAAGUAAAGGAAAUAAGAGGAAACACGAAGAUAUAUAG